UUUAAGAUACGAUAUUACUUUUGGAUUUAAAGGAUUUUGCUUCCAUUGUUGACAAAUUCUGACUGGGAUAUUUUUAAUUAUUUAUUGUGUGUAGCAGAAAACACCAUGUCGGAGUAUAACUGGGACAGUCAAGGCUUCACCACAGACGGAGAAAACAUGGAUCAAAUGGAACAAAAGUCCAGUCUGUUUCAAAACUUGAAAUUGAAGAAACACAGACUUAAUCGUUACAUGUGCAGUGGAGAUAGUGUCAUGGGAUCGGAUGGAGUCUUGUCCAGUGUAGAAUCGUCAGAGUUUGACCUGACGAGUCAGCACUCUUCAAGUGGCGAGAGUGACAGUGGUUACGGUAGUACCAGAGAUCAUCGGAGGAAAAGGGUGAAAAGUCAGUACACCCACAAAAGUGACACUAAAACCACUACGUCUGGGAAGGAAGUAAGGAAGGAAUGUGACUCAAAGACGAAACAGUUACCGCGGUUAGGUCUAGCAUAUUAUGGUUUGCCGUCAGAUGCGAUGAACGGACAGAAUAUGUCCGAAACCGUCAAUGGCCAAAGGCACGCAAGCAUUGGGUUUAUUCCAAUAUUGACUCAAGUGAUGCCUCAAUAUGCAAAUAACGUUACGAGUACCACGACUAAGGAACCACAGGGUGGAAAUGAGCAACCAGCAGCAGAUGCUGACGAAGUCAAACCUGUAAUUCUAACCCAGUUCCCGCCAGCAUUCAUAAUGACAUCCAAAGGUCCUGUACCCGUCAUCAGCUCCUGUAACCCCGCAGGACUUCCCCAGAUCCCGUUGUUGAAUAUGAACCAUUUAAACCCGAAGAAAAUGGAGCAGUUAGUUCAAAUGAUCACACCUGAUCAGUUGGCUGGGAUGCAAGUAUCCCAGGAUCAGUGUGCAAAUCAGGAUCAAACGAACGCUUCAGAUGUCCUAGAAGUACAACCGAAAGGUGGCGCUCAGGAUUACAGUUUCAUUGAACAUUAUACAAACGGAAAAUUUGUAUACAAAGGUAUUCUGAAAAAGGGGGAUGGCCAAACGUCGGCGAAUGACCCUGUUCCUAUGGCAACGGUGCCACAGGCAUGCGCUGAUGAAGAAGACGAGGAACAGCUCGUGUGUGCCAUCUGUAACGAUAGAGCGACCGGUCUUCACUAUGGCAUCAUAACAUGUGAAGGGUGUAAAGGAUUUUUCAAGCGAACGGUUCAGAACAAAAGAGUGUACGUCUGUGUCGGCAAUGGAAACUGUGAAAUCAACAAGCUACAGCGAAAUAGAUGUCAGUUCUGUCGCUUUCAGAAGUGCCUUCGCAUGGGAAUGGUCCUAGCAGCUGUACGAGAGGACAGAAUGCCCGGCGGACGAAAUUCAGGGGCUGUGUACAAUCUCUACAAGGUAAAAUACAAGAAACACAAGAAGAAAGACCAGAUGGUGAAACUUUUUAAAGAGCAAGUGGCCAAGAUUAAGGUGGAUGGUAGUGAUGGUAAGAUCGAAACAGAGAUGAUAACAGAGCGGAAAAGAAUCUCCGUGCCAAUCCGAGUCUCAUUCAAUAAGCAAGGCAUGCCGGAGUUUGUUCAGAAAGAACACGAAUCACAUGUUAGGCCAGGUGCCUCGUUCUCGCGCAGUUCAAAGUCACAGAACAUAUUUUUGGAAUCAUAUACCGAUAGAACAUGUCUACCUCAAGAAAGGGCCAUGUCACAGAUGACAUCACCUAUAUGUGCAUCUCAAACUUCGGAUGCAAUGUGUAGCUUAAAUGGACAAACGCCUUUUACCAGUAGGUAUAACGGAAGUGCUCAGAGCGACGUCUCAACUGAGCCGUCAGAUGGUAGCCAAGUAUCGGCCAAUGAAAAACAUCGCUUCAAUGAUCGGGUCGGUGACUGGGACGAUCGAGAUCGGACUAAUGGCCAUCCUUUCACGACCAACUCUAAAGAAAAUUCCCACCUGCUUAACUUACUAGAAUCUAGACUUCCUUUAAAGAAGGAAAGUGUUCCACGAGUAGAAUGCUGUACAAUGUCAUGUGAUUCAUCGAAUAAAUUGCUUAACAACAUUGUUCAAGAUAGGUCGGAACUUCAGUAUAACAGAGAGACGGAGCCAGUUUUGUCAUAUUCUCAGUCUACAUGCACGAGGAAGUGCAUGAACUCAAAUGUCAAUAGAACACAAACGGAUUAUGUUCAGAGAAUUAAUAACCUUCAUCGUUUGAUGAAAGCCGAGACUAUGUGUGAAAAGAAAAGCAGCAACUAUUCCGUAUCAUCAGAUGAUAGUGUAUUGGCAGACGGAACAGACGAGAAACUGUUGAAGGAGAGCACUGAACAGAGAAGUUGGAAUGAAGGCGUUAUAACUUACAGAUGUGGUGAAAAUGAUCACAAACGUCGUAUUAUACAGUCAUGUCAUCCCCAACAAGGACUUUCAUCAGAAAACAAUACACAGAGUCCGUGCUACACAAAAGCACACGCGAGAAAACAUUAUGGCUAUGGCACGAGUCAGUUAGCUACUGAAUCUGUGUUGCGGAAAUCUGCAAACGUUCGAACGAAUGUGUACUCGUCGGAACGAACAUCAUCUGAAACUCCCGCUCGGGACUCAGCACAGUGUCUACGUGUACAUUACGCUACAAAUGAUAAGGUAACAGGUGAUCAGCGCUCAUUAACCUCUGUUACAGAGCAAACUCGCCAUCUGGAGCGUAGCUCGCAUGAAAGGGUUAUGCGGCCAUUGAAUCUGCUAAGCCAAGAAGAACAACGUCAAUUAAUUGACAAAAAUGAUAUCUUACCAGAAAAUUCAAUGCGUGGUAACUACAGAGAAAUACCGUAUUCACUGGAGUCAGUUGCUGAAAGGUUUGCACAGAAUGCACCCCAACAGGAAGCAGGUCCGCGUCGCUACCUUCAUACAAGCUGCUCACCUGAAACACGGAAAGCAAAAGACUGUCAUGAAAGACAGGGUAAUCUAACUCAGACUUAUGGAUUAGAUCAGUGUAAUAUGCAACCAAGCACGAGGAUCAUUGGCCAAGAUCAGCCCAACCAAGGAACACAGGGCACCAGACAGAACGUAUGUAAUUCAAAAGCGAAUACUGCGUUACAACCUGUCAACGUGACGGGUUUUAGUAGUAAGGGAAGUUUACCGAAGAUGGAUAGCCGUCAUACUGCGUCUAACGACAGCUUGAAAGCUUGGCCGCCUAGAGCCGAACAACACGAUGAAAGUCAAGCGUACCGUCACGAUUCUAGGUGGAGUACUGACAGACAAACACCUUUAAAUUAUCUGGUAGAACAACAGCUCAAUCAAACUGGGGAAAACGCUAAUACCAAUAGGGACCAAAGCCGGAAACUGGUAUUCAAUCCCUCUGACUCAUAUAAAAUAGCAGAGAACGAACAUUCUUGCACAAGUAACGGUCAUCUCAAAAGUGGGUCGUGUCAACGAACCCAAGAAACGGGGCCUGUAAAGGAAAGUUGUCCGACCGAUUGUGAUGACGUCACAUGUCAUUGGUUUGAGAAUAACCUACAGGAGGAUCGUUUGGGGUUUCAUAAAACCACAUCAGACAAAUCAUUCAGUAAACCAGAUUUAUGUGAACCUGAAAAGCAGCUAGGUGUACCUUCACCAGAACGUUUUACUCCAGAAUUCUAUCUUCAGCUUAUUCAGGAGCUGGUGAAUUGUAAUGCAUUACUGGACAUAUCGAGCUCAUACCAUUUUGACCAAUCUAAUUGGUUACAAUCAGAUAUGAAUUUUUGCCGUCUUGCAGAUGAGAUUGUAGGGAAACUAGUGGCUUGGACAAGACAUUUACCUUUCUACACCGAAAUCCCUCUCAACGUUCACUCCCGAAUACUCACGAAUCGGUGGCACGAGUUGUUGGUGUUGAUCACAACAGCUCACCAAGCACUCACGCUCCAAGCACACAAGCGUCCGACGGAGACGACCUAUACAAGCCUGCUGAAUUCCAACAUGCAAAAGUUGGAAGCUUACCUGUCACGAUUAUACAGGGAACCUGUAUGUCUGGACAAAGUGAAAGUAGAGGAAGUCAUGGAAAGGCUGACCAUCAUCAUGUUCAGGUUUCUACAGAUGCAAAUCAGAAUUGAAGAAUUUGUAUCGCUCCAAAUAAUCCUUCUGCUCAACCACAAUGAUUCGGAGCAUAAUGCGAAAAUCGAGAGCAUACAGGAUAGAUAUACGAAGGCGUUGGAGUGGUACGUCAAGACAACCUAUCCUCACGACCCGACCAGACUUGGAGAACUCCUGGUCAGACUGCCGGAGAUACAGAGCACCUCAAGUCUUCUUCUGAAGAGCAAAAUGAUCUACAUUCCAUUUUUCCUUAAUGCAUGAGUACUAAAUAUUUGUGGAUCUGAACAGAAUCGUUGUUUGUGACCUGACUUUUGUUGACUAAUUACAUUGUUUGACCCGAUGUUACAGAACUUGUCAUUCUAAGCGGAACUAAGCUUAGGAAACCAGAUCCUUGGAUGUCCGUACACAGAUUGAUCCAUAGUAAAAUUGUUGUAGUGCUUACAAAUACAAAGUCCAUUAUGUACAUAAAUGUAUAACAACACAUCGUUAUUAUAGAUCAUCAUGUAAUUAUUAAAUUCAUAUCAUAAUUAAAUUAAUAUAUAGGUUAGAGAGACACGAUUGUUUGCGACUAAUGGAACGGAGGGUACACAUGUUUGUUUUAGACUAAUGGAACGGAGGGUAUACAUGUUUGCUUUAGACUGAUGUAACGGAGGGUACAUACAUUUGCUUGUUUGAGACUGGUGGAACGGGGGAUACACGUUUGUUUUAGAUUAAUGGAACGGAGGAUACACGUUUGUUUAUCAGACCGAUGGAACGGAGUGUACAUACGUUUGCUUGUUUGAGACUAUUGGAACGGUGGGAGAAGCAGGCUUGUCUGAAACUUGGAGAAAGUAGAAUUUAUAUAUUUUUCAAGACUGUGAUAGAACAGACGAUACAGAGGUUUGUUGGGGACUGUGAUGGAAGGGAGGAUAAAAACAUUUAUUUAAGAAUGAUGGAACGGAGGGUAGAUAGAUUUGUUUUGGGUUGUAAUAGAACGGAGGGUAGAGAUAUUUGUUUUGGAUUGUGAUAGAACGGAGGGUACAGAUUUUUGUCUUGGUUUGUGAUAGAACGGAGGGUAGAGAGAUUUGUUUUGGAUUGAAAUAGAAAGGAGGGUAGAUAUAUUUUUUUGAAUUGUGAUAGAACGGAGGGAACAGAUAUUUGUUUUGGUUUGUGAUAGAACGGAGGGUAGAGAUAUUUGUUUUGGAUUGUGAUAGAAAGGAGGGUACAGAUUUUUGUCUUGGAUUGUGAUAGAACGGAGGGUAGAGAGAUUUGUUUUGGAUUGUGAUAGAACGGAGGGUAGAUAUAUUUGUUUUGGAUUGUGAUAGAACGGAGGGUACAGAUAUUUGUCUUGGUUUGUGAUAGAACGGAGGGUAGAGAGAUUUGUUUCGGAUUGUGAUAGAACGGAGGGUAGAUAUAUUUGUUUUGGAUUGUGAUAGAACGGAGGGUACAGAUAUUUGUCUUGGUUUGUGAUAGAACGGAGGGUAGAGAGAUUUGUUUUGGAUUGUAAUAGAACGGAGGGUAGAGAGGUUUGUUUUGGAUUGUAAUAGAAAGGAGGGUAGAUAUAUAUUUUUUGAAUUGUGAUAGAACGGAGGGAACAGAUAUUUGUUUUGGAUUGUGAUAGAACGGAGGGUACAGAUAUUUGUUUUGGAUUGUGAUAGAAAGGAGGGUACAGAUUUUUGUCUUGGAUUGUGAUAGAACGGAGGGUAGAAAUAUUUGUUUUGGCUUGUGAUAGAAGGGAGGGUACAGAAAUUUGUUUUGGUUUGUGAUAGAACGGAGGGUACAGAUUUUUGUCUUGGAUUGUGAUAGAACGGAGGGUAGAAAUAUUUGUUUUGGCUUGUGAUAGAACGGAGGGAACAGUUUUUUGUCUUGGAUUGUGAUAGAACGGAGGGUAGAAAUAUUUGUUUUGGCUUGUGAUAGAAGGGAGGGUACAGAAAUUUGUUUUUGGAUUGUGAUAGAACGGAGGGAACAGUUUUUUGUCUUGGAUUGAUAGAACGAAGGGAACAGAUAUUUAUUUUGGCUUGUGAUAGAACGGAGGGUACAGAGAUUUGUUUUGGAUUGUAAUAGAACGGAGGGUACAGAUAUUUGUUUUGGAUUGUAAUAGAACGGAGGGUACAGAUAUUUUUCUUGGAUUGUGAUAGAACGGAGGGUACAGAUAUUUUUCUUGGAUUGUGAUAGAAAGGGAGAUAAAAAGAUUUGUUUGAGACUGUGAUAGAACGAGUAGAGAAUCUCGUGGUUUGAUAUGAGUGUACAUAUGUUUGAUACUGUGAUGGAAAACACGUGUUAUUAAGAUUUUUUUCUUCUAAUGAACUAAUUUUAUCUUGUUGUCACCAUUGUUUUAAAGUAUCAGUAUCGUCGUUGAAAUAUAGAAAUCUGCUUUCA